CGUUUCAGUUGCCCGCGGACCCCGGAAGUGCGGCUCGAACUUGGUCGGGGCGCGGAUCCCGAGAGGGAAAGUCAUAACAACCGCACGAGGGAGUUCGUCUGGCGAGCUGGAAGGCCACGCCUCCUCCCGACUCCCCCCGCAGCCCUGUAGCUGGGGGCAGAGCUCAGACUGUCUUCUGAAGAUUGAUGUCUAUUUCCUUGAGCUCUUUAAUUUUGUUGCCAAUUUGGAUAAGCAUGGCACAAAUCCAGCAGGGAGGUCCAGAUGAAAAAGAAAAGACUACAGCACUGAAAGAUUUAUUAUCUAGGAUUGAUUUGGAUGAACUAAUGAAAAAAGAUGAACCACCUCUUGAUUUUCCUGAUACCCUGGAAGGAUUUGAAUAUGCUUUUAAUGAAAAGGGACAGUUAAGACACAUAAAAACUGGGGAGCCGUUUGUUUUUAACUACCAAGAAGAUUUGCACAGAUGGAACCAGAAAAGAUAUGAAGCUCUAGGAGAGAUUAUUACGAAGUAUGUAUAUGAGCUCUUGGAAAAGGACUGUAACUUGAAAAAAAUCUCAAUUCCAGUAGAUGCCACUGAGAGUGAACCAAAGAGUUUUAUCUUUAUGAGUGAGGAUGCUUUGACAAAUCCACAGAAACUGAUGGUUUUAAUUCAUGGUAGUGGUGUUGUCAGGGCAGGUCAGUGGGCUAGAAGGCUUAUUAUAAAUGAAGAUCUGGACAGUGGCACACAGAUACCUUUUAUUAAGAGAGCUAUGGAUGAGGGAUAUGGAGUAAUAGUACUGAAUCCCAAUGAAAACUAUAUUGAAGUAGAAAAGCCAAAGAUCCAUGUACAGUCAUCUUCUGAUAGUUCAGAUGAACCAGCAGAAAAACGGGAAAGAAAAGAUAAAGUCUCUAAAGAAACAAAGAAGCGACGUGAUUUCUAUGAAAAGUAUCGUAAUCCCCAAAGGGAAAAAGAGAUGAUGCAGUUGUAUAUCAGAGAAAAUGGUUCUCCUGAAGAACAUGCAAUCUAUGUGUGGGACCAUUUUAUAGCUCAGUCUGCAGCUGAGAAUGUGUUUUUUGUUGCUCAUAGCUAUGGAGGACUUGCUUUCGUUGAACUGAUGAUUCAACGAGAAGCAGAUGUAAAAAGUAAGGUAACCGCAGUGGCGCUUACAGACUCUGUUCACAACGUGUGGCAUCAAGAAGCGGGCAAAACGAUUCGAGAAUGGAUGAGAGAGAAUUGUUGUAAUUGGGUCUCUAGCUCAGAGCCAUUAGACACAUCAGUGGAGUCCAUGCUGCCUGAUUGUCCCCGAGUCUCAGCAGGCACCGACCGUCACGAGCUAACUUCCUGGAAGAGCUUCCCGUCCAUUUUCAAAUUCUUUACCGAAGCCUCUGAGGCAAAGACCAGUUCCCUCAAGCCGGCUCUGACGCGGCGCUCCCACAGAAUAAAGCACGAAGAGCUGUAAGAGGAGAACGAGCGAGACGGGGGAGGGGAAGCCAAGGCACCACACUCGAGCAUGCAUCCACACGUCUCCUAACUGCUUGUUGUCGGCGAGCAGACUCCCAGCCCCUCAUUAGAUUGUUUUCUUCCUAGAGCACAGGGUCGUGAUAUAUACAUCUAAAUAGCGUUUUGCAUUAUUUCUAGAUGAGUGCAACUGUCAAAGCAAUAUGGGUUCACUGGUCGUGCUUCCUGCGGGCUGAGCUCGGGCUUCGCGCUGCCCGUCAGCGCGCAGAUUAAGGCUGACAGCGCCCUGCUCGGCGCGGCCGGCGCGCCUCUAAUUGCCCUGACGGAGCCCGCGCCGGCGCUGCGGGGCGAGCGGCGUCUGCGCGGUCCUACCGCCCGCUGCAGCGCAGCCGCCGCUUGCACCGGCCCCAGGCCCCCCUCGAUCAUGUCCGGUUUUUUCCUCCGAACAGAAGCAAACUUUUAUUCUAGAUUUCAUACAUUUUAGGUUUUCGGCGAAGAGCUUCUUACGCCUCUUUUUUUUCCCCCCUAAUUAAAAGGAAGUUCCCCACAAACCUCCUCAGAGAAGCCAAAUUUAAAUUCAGAACGUGAAUGCCGUGGUGUACUAUGUCGCCUUGGGAGUGCAAAUUGUUCUCUAACAAUCUAUUUUCAUUUCAAGACCAAAAGAAAAACUUUGCAUAAAAAAUCUAUAAAGUACCCAUUACACAUUACCGCUGAAAACCCUUGCCAUUCGAAUACGAGAUUUUACCCAAGUCUCUAAUUUCAGAAGAGAUUGUUUAAACCAAAACGUAAUGAUGAGCAAAUCUUUUAAGGGUGAAAGGUCCCCUUUCCAACAGAAUUUCCAACUUUAUCAUUAGAAUUGACUUUACUUUUUAAAUGUAUAAUGUAUAUUGAGUGGCAUUGUAAUUCAGAUCGCACACUUGUUUUGCUUUUUAAAUCCUAAUGUGGAGAAAGUUUGUUGUUGUUGUUCAUAAUCCUAACUAGAAUGACUGCCCUGAGCUUUCAUGGAGUUAGACCCUGUUAGGGAUAGUAUUUAUUGUCAUAAGGAAGAUGAACCUGUGUGCUGUUCCACCUUUUCCUUCUGAGAGGCCAAGUGGGGCUAAAAUGAUUCUUCUAGGUUUCUGCUCCCACAGAAAGGGAAAGAAAGACCUGGUGUGAAAGAUUUUCUUCUCUCAGUACAGUGGCAUAAUUUUUAGUAGUCCAUUUCCUCUCUAGGGUUUUGCCCUACAGUUUCUACAGUUACUUUAAUCCUGCUAAUAUCUGGCCAACACUGUGAAAUACAAGAGGUAAAAUAAGUUAAGAUUUUGCUGACUUUUCAAUUCAAAUAUUAAAUCUUAACAUUAUCAGUUUUUAAUUACUUGAAUUUAAUUACCUAGUAAAGAUUCUGUUUCUAGCAGAUGGGGGUCUGAAUUUAAUAUUUUUUCAUCCUUUUUUAAAGUAUAUGCAACAAUAUGCCUGCCUUAUUUGAGGACAUGAUAAAAUGUACCCAAAAUGACUUAGAACUGUCUGACUUCUCAGAAAAAAUAACUUAAAAUAACCACCUCAUGGAUAAAAUGUUUUUAUAUUAUGAACCGAUUUCAGCAAGUUUUAAAACUGGUAAUAUCUGUGUUUGGUAUAUAAGUACAUUAAUUUGUUCUUAUAGUUUUAAUGAUGGCAAAUUAAAGUGAUCUUUUUUCAGUGGUCAUAUAUACAUAUCUUUUGAUAUUAUUUUAGCAGAAACAACACAGGAAAAAUCAAAACGUCAUUUUAUCCACACCUGGAUAAUUUAAUAUGUGUAACUCCAACAAUGUCAAGCAUGUUGGUCUGCAAUCUUUUCUGUUUUAGAAGUAAAGGUGAACUGUAUACAAUAAUGAUACCUUCCUUUGAGAGGAUUUGAAAAUUGAUGUGGAUUGAAUAUAUUUUUCAAAGUGUUAUAAAUUGUGUGGUGUUUUGACUAUAUGAAAGUAUUCGCAGGAAAACUAAUUUUAUUGCUUUUUUUUACCCAGCACUUGUGCAGUGCUAAAUUUAUGACGCUUAUGCACCUGAAUUAGAGCAAAGUAAAUGGGCUCAGCUUAGACACCAAAUCACUCCUAUUCCUUCUCUUCGGUUUUCUCACUUCUCCUUUUGAAAACCUUUACUUGCAACUAGAGUGAAUCACUGUUUAAUUGCCUUUAAUACUUUAAAACUACUGGGUUGUUAGCCUUGUUUAAACAUCUAUAGAGGGCUAUUUGCAAACUUAAGUUGUGCAAAUGUAAUUUCUACUUGUGGGUCUGAGCUGCAGCAGCCCGGAGAGAGCUAGGCAAACCAUCUGAGACCGCCAACUGAUAAGUGAUAAGAUUCCUCGUAAUGUACGAUUUUUUUUUUAACCUGUUGAUUAUGUGUCUGUUGGUAUAAAUGUAGUAAAAUCCUCCACAUCAAUUUUCCUGGAUUAACAACAAUCAGUUGGUAGGAGCCCGCCUGCUUGGAGGUGACAAGUGUUAGCAGUAUUUCUGCUCUGAUUUUCUAACCAUUUUGGUUUCUUUAGACAGGUUUUUAGGAGAGUAGAGGCUUAAAGUUAGGAUUUAGACUUUUUAAAAAAUUAUAUACUCAGUUCUUAGAGCAAAUGGAAUGGGAAGCAAGGAGUUGUUGAUAAAUCUGAGAUUCAAAAUACUGGCUUUAGAACUUUAUAAAGGUAUCUAAACAUGCAGCCGUUAAAAGUUUUCAUGGAUAUUUGAAGGGGGGGAGAAAAUCUAUUUGUACUAAUUGUUGUUUUCUCAAGUUUCUGCCUUGUGCUUCGACCUAGAUUGCAUAAUUGUUUAUACAAAAAGAAAAAAAAAGUAAAGCACAGGAGUUUCAUAUAUAUUAAAUAUUUCUGUUUACCAUUUUAAAAUAAAAACAAUUUUCCCAACAA